AUGGGCGUCAUCCUAGCCAUCAACGCCGGCUCUAGCUCCGUCAAGAUCUCAGUCUACCUGGCGGACAAGGGGAAAACGCCGCGCCAGAUUGCUGAAUCCCAAGUGGAUGGUCUUACAGCUCCUCCGGCCAAACUGAAGUAUUCGCGAGGAGAUGAGACCAUAAUCAAAGACAAAGACGUGGACACUACCGUCAACAGCCAAGACGAUGCCUUUGCCUUGCUGCUCAAGACACUUGUGGACGAUGCUGAAUUGAAAGAGAUUGGCUCCAAGUCAGAUGUCUCCAUUGCCUGUCACCGCAUUGUCCACGGCGGAGACUAUGGCGAGGCCCAAGUCAUUACUCCAGACACAUACCACCAUCUAGAGGCCCUCAGCGACCUCGCCCCUCUGCACAAUGGUGCUGCGCUAGCAAUUGUCGACUCAUGCAUGAAGCAGCUCCCCGAUGCGACCAAUGUUGCUUGCUUUGAUUCACAAUUCCACUCAACAAUUCCCCCUCACAUUUCUACAUACCCCAUCAACCCAACGAUAGCUAAGAAGAACAAGCUGCGCAAAUACGGCUUCCACGGCAUCAGCUACGCCUUCAUUUCGAGGUCCGUGGCUGAUUUCCUCGGCAAAGACCUCAAGCAACUCAACAUCAUCGCCCUCCAUCUCGGAAGCGGAGCCAGCGCUUGUGCCAUCAAGAACGGCUUGAGCUGGGACACAAGCAUGGGAUUGACCCCGUUGGCCGGGCUCCCUGGUGCGACCCGCAGUGGAAGCGUAGAUCCUAGCCUAGUGUUUCAUUACGCCAGCGAUGUAGGGAAGUUAUCUCCAGCCUCAACGGAGAAACUCCACAUAUCCGCAGCCGAGGAGAUCCUCAACAAGCAAAGCGGAUGGAAAUCCCUUACGGGCACUACCAAUUUUGGCACCAUUGCCGCCUCGGAUGAACCCCAGCAUCGCCUCGCUUUUGAUAUAUUUGUGGACCGCGUCUGUGGGUUCAUUGGGAGUUACUACGUCUCGCUUGGAGGCCGGGUAGAUGCCCUUGUGUUUGCAGGCGGCAUUGGCGAGAAGAGUUCCCGGCUUCGAGAUGCCGUCGUCAACCAAGCUGGUUGUCUGGGUUUCGCCAUCGACGAUGCAUUCAAUAAUGCUGAGGAUGGCGGCAGUGCAGCGGUGCGGGAUAUAAGCAGCAAAGAUUCAACACACCGCGUCCUCGUCUGCCAGACGGAUGAACAAUUUGAGAUGGCUAGGGCAUGCACGGACAUGGAAGCACUUUGGACAUGA